AUGCCAUAUACACCACCUGCUUCCGCGCCUAAUACGCCAACAACAGUUACCACAUUUCCAAAACUUUCAGCGUCUUCAUACUCAUUAAACAACAACAACGAAAACAGUAAUUCCUCUAGUCCAGGUUGGCCAUUGGCAAAAAUCACCUUUGGCUCGUCAAAAACUAAACCGUCAACCUCAACAACGACCAGUCUCAGUCUCGUGUUUGCUACUACCUCACCAAAUUCAAGACCGUCAUCAACACCUCCGUCUACUGUUGCUACACCCCCUCUUUUCCCUUCAAAAUCCGAACCUGUUAAUAUGACUUCAUCACAAAGAAGACGAGCACUCGAAGAGGUAAAAGAAAUUCUAUCAACUUCUCCUCAAUUAUCAGUUUCGCCAAAACGUAAAUCUUCACCGGAAGCAUUACGAAGAUUACAUAUCAGAGAUCUUCCACCAUCUGUUUUGCCUCCGAAAAUUGACACGUCAAAUCUCUUAGUUUUACGAAGAAAAAAUGGUGAUGUUGUGAAACCAUCGUUAAAGAAUUUAAAAUCAAAAUCAGAACCAACCACGCCGACAUGUCCUAAAUACGUUCAUUUCGAUAUGGACUUGGAACAAGUAAGAUUCUUCUUGGAAGCGGAAAAGCCUCAAGCAGAUCAGCGAAAACUUCAAGGUCGUGUACAAGUACAAAAUAUCGCAUUCCAGAAAACAGUUGUCAUUCGAUAUACCUUUGAUUUCUGGUCGUCUGUGUCGGAAAUUACUGCCUCAUAUUCCGAGGAUGCUAAAGAUCGUAAAAAUCAAAAUUUUGAUGUAUUCGUAUUUUCUAUCGAUCUCAUCGACAAUUCAAGAAAUCCAAUUGAUGGACAGACCAUGUAUUUCGCUGUUCGAUACAGCGUCAAUAACCGUGAUUACUGGGAUAAUAAUAAUGCAUCGAAUUAUCAAGUUCAGUUCAAACGUCAGAUGAAACAAACUCCUCAACAUGUAUCAAGAAAUUCGAAACAAAAAUCAUCAAGAUGGUCUUCCCCUUCCAACUCAGUUAUGGUUUCCGGUAAUCUAGAUUCUGAUGAGUUGGCUCGCUCUCCAAUCCCAUCGAAAUCAAUCGCACCAAAUGCCAGUAACAGAUAUGAUAUCAAUCAAUCUUUAACUGCUGCAAUGACAAAACCACAAGCAUCAGCUUACAAUCCACGUCCAAUUGUUUCGUCUUCAACACAACACAUUAAUCAUCAUGUUCUUCCAUAUUCACUCGCAUAUAACAAUGACAGUUUCAACGCGAUCUUUGGUAACUGUGUUGAUGGUCAACCUUGCACUCUCGACACAAUGUCAAGUGACACAACAAAACAAGUCAACAACGGAAAAAAUAUGGAAGGAUCGCGACCAAUUGCUAUCCCAACUGCAGCCUCAAAGCCUGUUCUUGGUUCAUCUUCAUAUUAUGAUUUGGUUGAUCGAUACUGUUUCUAUCAAGGAUCUCCUCAUAACACAGCUUAUGCUAGUAGCCCUCCAGUCAUGAUUUAA